AUGGAUAAGAGGAACAGGACUGUGGUUUCUGAAUUUGUCCUUUUUGGACUUACUGAGAAUAUUGAGCUUAAGUUGCCUCUCUUUGUGUUGUUUUCAUUUGUAUACUUUCUUACAGUCUUUGGUAAUAUUGGUAUAGCCUUUAUUAUAUGGAUCUCUCCUCAGCUUUAUGUAGCCAUGUACUUAUUUCUCUUUAAUCUAUCCUUAGUUGAUGCCUGUUUCUCUUCUUCCAUUUGUCCUAAUAUGUUAGCUAAUUUGUUGAUGAAGUCUUCCAGUAUCUCCCUUAUAGAGUGCUCAGUACAAUUGUUUUUUGGAGUGACUUUUGGAACCUCAGAAUGUUUUCUCCUUGUAUUUAUGGCAUAUGACAGGUAUGUUGCCAUUUGUAGCCCCCUGAGUUAUUCAGUCAUCAUGACCAAUAGGUUUUGUCUUACUCUAGUAACAAUAUCACAUAUCAUUGGCGUUCUUCACUCUCUCGUCCAUACAGUUGCCACCUUUAGCAUUGAUUACUGCAAGCCUGAUAUUCACCAUUUCUUUUGUGAUAUCCAUCCACUCUUGAAGCUCUCUUGCCAAAACACAGCUACCAAUGAGAUCCUGUUGUUUGCUUUCACUGGCUCCAUUACCAUAUUUUGCCUUAUAACCAUUCUUCUGUCAUACCUCUGUAUAUUGUCUGUUGUCUUUAAAAUGAGUUCCACUGGUGUUAGAUACAGAACUUUCUCUACUUGUACCUCACAUGUGAUAUCUGUUGUGUUAUACUAUGGAAGCAUUAUGUUCAUGUAUUUAAAACCUAAUUCCAAGUAUAAAGACCAUGAUCUUUCAGGGUCUGUUUUUUUCACACUCAUAAUACCCAUGUUGAACCCUUUUAUAUACAGUCUAAGAAACAGAGAUGUGAAAAAUGCAAUUAGCAAAAUCCUAGCAGUAAAAAUACUUGUUUUAUGA